AUCUCCAUGUGUUCUCCGUAACGAUUCCAAAUUGAAAUUAUGAACUCAUUCCCUCGCUUUGCCAUAAACCCCUUCUUAAAACCCUAGAUAGUAGAUACAGAAGAAAAGCAUUUUCUGAAGCAUUCGCGACAAUCCGGCAAAAUGCCAGGGCUGACGUCAGAAUCCGAUGACCUUGCAAUGGUUCCAGUCUCGCCGGAGUCGGAAAAACAACCCGUGGUCAUCUACCCUCUCCGUCAUGGCCUCAAAUCCCCAAUUCAUCGACUCUCCUUUUCAUGGGCGUGUGGCAAUACUCUCCGAGUCUCAGUUUUCCGGAAGCCUCCGUCGGAGAAGGCGGACGGAGACGGCGAGGCUGGCGGAAGAGUGGUGGAAGUGAAGCUUAGUAACAGCGGAGAUGAGGAAGUUGAUGCUGCAAGAUGGAGGAGAAUGGCCUACAGUUCAGUGACUCCUUUCGCUCUUCUUCAGAGCCGGAAACAUUCUCUGUCUGCAGCAUCCAGAAUGUCGUUGGAUAUCCCUCCUUACAAGGCAGAGUGGUGGGAGCAUGUCAUAGAGUACAGCAAAGAGAUAAGCUCUCUUCUCAGUGAUCGAAAACCGCCUCCUAAAUCAAUUAUUGAAGAUCCCAAGUCGGUAGUAAAUGAAAUUGCAGCGCCAAUGUGUCUGAAAGCUGCGUGGGAGCUAUUGGAGAUAUUUUACGUAGACAAGCAAUCUCAAUUUUGGAUUCCUGAACGAUUGCUAGAUUGGUUUGCUGACCACAAUUCCUUAUUCUCGGGAACUCUACCAACUAUUCACUCAAAGCUUGUGGAUUUUCAGCAGGAACUUGUUGGAGUACAGGUUGUUGAAGAAGAUCCGAACUACUGGGAUGCAAUGUCAUCAGCAUUGGCUGUUGGCUGGCUGGAAACUGUGGUAAAAUUGUUGCGCUUGCAUGGCUCUUACCGGUUUGAUCAAUUAUCUAGUCGAGAGACAGAGAACGGACUGGUCGAAGCAGUUGCUGUUCUUAUAUCCAAGAUGCCUAGAAUGCGUCCUAGUCUGAGAGAAGACAAUUUGGGCGAGUGUUACAAAACCAAGCCCGACUUCAUGAAGGCUUGGGAGAAGUGGAGAACACAAAUAAGUAAACUGGACUGCAGUUCCUACUGGCUUCAAUGUGAUCACCGGCAGACCAGAGAAGGGCUGAAAAAUUUGAUCCAGAUCAUGUUGGGAAAUCCGACUGUUCUAUCAAAUGCAACUUUCAACUGGAUGGAGCUUUUUAUAUCCCAUUUCUUAUACAUUAGGCCAUUUACUGCGGGUCUAGAGAGCAUGCACAAUUCAGCUCAGAAGUGCAUGCAAGUAAAGCCAGUUUCCAUCUCCCAUAAGCUGUUUGGUCUUAUACUUGGAAUUCUUGGAGAAAAUACUGAGGUUGUUCUAGCAGAGUGCUCAAGAUCAUUUGGCCCCUGGAUGAUGGCGCAUGCUGUAGAGUUGUUGACAGCUGGGAGCACUCAUGCAGAAAUUCUUUUGCAUGAAGAACAUUCCAAACUUGGGGGAGUUAGCAUAGAAGAGCUGCAUAGACUUGUAUAUGCGCAAGUUCUGUCUUCUCAUGCAUUAACAUGGCAAAUUGCGCCAAUAUACUUGACUUCAUGCAUAAAACAAGGAAUUGGAUUAUUGGAGAAUUUGCUGUACAAGCAGCCAGUACAGCAUAGCCAAAUUCUGUUAAAGAGUAUAGAGAUCUGCCGCCUGUAUGAACUUGACACUAUAAAUUCAAACAUUAUGAGGAUUGCUGGUGUGCAUCACUGGAAACAUGGGAGAAAAGGCUCUGGUGUCUUCUGGCUACAGCAAGCUCGAGAUGAAUUUCGUUUAAACAGAAUUGCCAAGCAAUUAUUUGAUUUCGUGGGGAAGUCGGUAUCUGAUGAAGGAUUCAAGCAAUGGGAAGGUCUCAUAGAGUUGCUGGGUUCCGAGUCUAGAACUGCUGGUGGACUUGAGUUUCUGAACAAGUACAGGGACUUUAGGAGAUCCCUACUGCAGGUUCAUGGUGAUACACCCACUGAUGCUGCUCGUAAUGCAGCUGAAGCUCUCGUCUCUCUCAUGAAAAAUCCUUCCACGCCGCAACGCUUUUGGUUACCUCUUCUAUAUGAUUCAUUGAAAUUGUUAAUGUGGCAGGAGCGACCGUUGGUUAAUGUUUCUCAAACUCAGCUUCUCUUGAAUAAACUGCAAGAAUUGUCCAUGGCAAGAUUGAGGCCAGACUUUGUUGAAGCUGACUUGCCAUCUGAUGCCUUAAGCUCUGUCAGGCUCGCACUUGCCACUAACCUGGGUCGUGCAAUCCUUGAAGAGUGACUUUGUUACCCCUGUUUUCUUGCUUGAGAGGUCACUGGUUGCAUCUUUCCGACAUGCCUUAAGUGUUAUAUUAGUACCUUCUUUCCUCUCUAGUAGUGUGUUUCGGGAGUGUGAGUAACAUACGAAAAUGGUACACCCUUUCUUGCAGCAGAAAACGGAAUCCAGAAUGUCCGUUUUGUUAUUUGUUUCUUUUCUUGAAGUGGUAAACUUGAAAAGCCUACAUAUGUGAAGCCACUGCAUAAUGAAUGCUCUUGCCUCCUCUGAGCCACUUCUGUCACCUACAUGCUGCAGACCUAGACAGAGAGCUAAUCCGUCGAAAGCAUUCGGAUGAGAACAUUGGGCUAUGGGACACUAACCGUAGCUUGACAGAGUGAAGAUGACUAUAAGUAUAAGGUUUCUUGUGCUGCUCCUACCAAGAGAUCCUUUUAUUUAUUUUUUCUUUCUGGAUUUGGGGUGGGGUGGGGGUUGGGGUGCCUACUAUGUAUAUGCUUUUGUAAACCACCACGAAAGUCGUCCCCCCUGCCUGUUGCCUGGUUAAAGUGUUGAGUUUGUUGGCUAAUUGUAAUAAUCAUGUCCUAUAAUUGUUUUGGUCA